AUGGCAGGGGGGAAAGUUGAUGUCACACAUACUGGUAGUGCAUGUUUGCUGGAUAAAGAAACAGACCUCUGCAAUUGCAGGGUGAAGGGGAUUGGUAGAAACAGAGGUGGAUUAUAUUUCCUUAGAAAUGGAAGAUUAACUAACAAGCUGAAGAUCAUUUGUGCAAUGAGCAGAUUGUGUGGAGGAACCAGCAGCCUAGGGUACAUGAGACUGGGACAUCCUUCACUGUCAACUAUGAAGAAUAUAAAGGAGUUACAUAGCUAUGUUAGUAUUAUAGCAGAGAAUAAUUGCUUUGUUUGCCCCUUAGCAAAACAGACUAGGUUGAAAUUCUCACUUAAUGACUCUAGAGCUGAUGGAUUGUUUCAUCGUGUACAUAUGGAUCUUUGGGGUCCUUAUAAAGUUCCUACAUUCAAUAACAUGUAUUACUUGCUAACUAUUGUAGAUGAUCACUCUAGAUACACAUGGAGCAGUUGUCCUUAUACCCCUCAACAAAAUGGUAUAGUAGAAAGAAAGCAUAGGCACAUUCUUGACACUACUAGGGCAUUGAAGUUUCAGGGGUCCAUUCCUAUGAAGUGUUGGGGCAUAUGUGUGAAUGUUGCAGUGUAUUUGAUCAAUAGGUUUCCAUCCAAAACUCUAGGGGGCAAAGUACCUUUUGAGUUACUACAUUGUAGGAAGGCUUCUCUCCUCCAUCUAAGGGUUAUAGGUUGUUUAUGUUAUGCAACAAAUCUGCCCAAGGAAGAAAAAUUUACUGAAAGAGCCAAAACAUCAGUUUUAAUGGGAUACUCUGCAACACAGAAGGGAUAUAUACUUCUGGAUCUACAAACUAGGCAAUUAUUUACUAGUAGGGAUGUUGUUUUUAGGGAAUAUGAGUUUCCCUUUGCCAAAGGAAGCACUAAUAUGAGCAAGGAAUCUGAAUUGCCUAUGUCUUAUCCUCUACCUAUAAAGGUGUCAAUUUCUUCUCCUCUACCUAUGAAGGUGUCAGAUCACAGUAGUACUCCUUAUGGGUCAAACUUACCAGAAACAACAGUAAGUAUAGAUCACACAAAAAUAGAAGAUGAUGCACAAUAUGAAGCUGAGGGGGCAAGUUAUGAUGGUUCUGAUGCAGCAAUUUUUCAGGAUGUAGAAGUUCAGAGUCCUAAUGUUCAGGAUGCAGAGGCUCAAAUGAGUUACACAAUAAAAUGCAGCAAUCACUUGAAGAAGAAAAUGAAAAUGUACCACCAAACAUAG